AUGAAGCUGCUUCUCGAGAGCAGCGAUGGCUUCGAGGCAGAUAUCUCAACCCUGCUCUUCGCAAUCAAGCAAGGAAACGCGGACAUUGUUCAGUUGCUUCUUGAGCACAGGAAUGAGCAGGGCGUCGGCCGGGAAAUCUUUCUCGACGCACUGCUUUACGGUGCACGGCUGCGACGUUUGAAUAUAGUCAGAUUGCUGCUUGGCCAACCCGACGGCGCCUAUAUUGAACCAUCAAUCCAUGCGGAGUAUGCAGCUCGCACGGCAUCCCGGGAGCACGAUGAGAUCUCGGAUCUGUUGCUCCAUCGUUCGCUCGAGUUGGAUAUUGACUAA